UGGUAGAAAGUAGAAACAAUGCAGACACUCACUCACAAACUUGUUUUAAUUUUAUUAUUAAAAGGAUCUUAAAUCCCAAAGUUAUUGUUCCUGUAGCGACAAGAAUUUUCAAUUUUCCAUUUCAUUUCAUCUCUAAUCUCUAAUUAAAAUAAAGGGGAAAAAUUAGGGUUCAAUUAUUUUAUUUUAUUUUCAUUUUCAGUUUUAGUUUCAAUUUCACAAAAAAGUUACUAGAUCUGAUUUAUUCCUCUUAAUUCAAAUUUCCCCAGCACAAUCGCACUCCACUUCCACGUCAAUCGUUAUCCCCCAAAAAAAUCUUGACUUUCUGAUUCCGUAUCUGAUCCCAAAAAAGCGAAAAAGAACCAGAAAACAAAAAGCACUACCGAAAUGUUUCGUUUCGAGCAGGAGAAGAUCCGAAAACGAAUUUGAUUCCGAAAAGGUUUUGUGCUUUUGAGUAUCCAAGUGCUUCCCAGCUUGCGGGUGUUGCCAUGGCAGAGGUGAUUCCGGCAGCCGUGCUCCGCAACCUUGCUGACAAGCUGUACGAGAAGCGCAAGAACGCUGCACUUGAUGUUGAGGGCAUAGUGAAGCAGCUUGCUGCUGCUGGGGAGCAUGAAAAAAUAACGGCUGUGAUCAAUUUGUUGACAACGGAAUUCACUUAUUCUCCACAAGCCAAUCACCGGAAGGGAGGAUUAAUAGGAUUGGCUGCUGCAACUGUUGGGUUGACUUCCGAUGCAGCUCAGCAUCUUGAGCAAAUUGUGCCCCCUGUUUUGAAUUCCUUCUCUGACCAAGAUAGCAGAGUUCGUUAUUAUGCUUGCGAAGCACUAUAUAACAUAGCUAAGGUUGUGAGAGGGGAUUUUAUUGUAUUCUUCAACCAGAUCUUUGAUGCCUUAUGCAAGCUUUCUGCAGACUCGGAUGCCAAUGUACAAAGUGCUGCUCAUCUCUUAGAUCGACUGGUGAAGGAUAUUGUGACCGAGAGCGAUCAGUUCAGUAUUGAAGAAUUCAUACCACUGUUGAGGGAGCGCAUGAAUGUAUUGAAUCCAUAUGUGCGCCAGUUUUUGGUAGGAUGGAUUACUGUACUGGAUAGCGUCCCAGAUAUUGAUAUGCUGGGUUUUCUUCCUGAUUUUCUUGAUGGCUUGUUUAAUAUGUUGAGUGACUCAAGUCAUGAAAUACGUCAACAAGCUGAUUCCGCUCUUUCAGAGUUUCUUCAAGAGAUUAAGAACUCCCCAUCUGUAGAUUAUGGUCGAAUGGCUGAAAUCCUGGUACAAAGGGCAGGUUCUCCAGAUGAAUUUACCAGGCUAACAGCUAUCACAUGGAUAAAUGAGUUUGUCAAACUUGGUGGAGACCAGCUUGUUCCGUAUUAUGCUGACAUUCUUGGAGCCAUUUUGCCUUGCAUAUCAGAUAAAGAAGAGAAAAUUCGAGUGGUUGCUCGUGAAACCAAUGAAGAGCUACGUGCCAUCAAGGCUGAUCCAGCUGAAGCAUUUGAUGUGGGAGCGAUACUCUCCAUUGCUAGGAGCCAAUUGUCAAGUGAAUGGGAAGCUACUCGCAUUGAAGCUUUGCACUGGAUAUCAACCCUUUUGAACAGACAUCGCACUGAGGUUUUACAGUAUCUGGGUGACAUAUUUGGUACCCUACUGACAGCACUUUCAGACCCAUCUGAUGAGGUUGUACUACUAGUUCUCGAUGUUCAUGCAGCUAUUGCAAAAGAUCCUCAGCACUUCCGGCAGAUUGUUGUUUUCCUGGUGGACAAAUUUCGGAUAGACAAUUCUCUUUUGGAGAAACGAGGUGCUUUGAUAAUUCGCCGACUUUGUGUUCUCUUGAAUGCUGAGAGAGUCUAUCGUGAACUUUCUACAAUACUAGAAGGGGAACCUGAUUUGGAUUUUGCAUCAAUUAUGGUUCAGGCUCUGAAUUUUAUUUUACUUACAUCAUUGGAACUAUCUGAGAUCCGAGAUCUUUUGAAGCAAUCACUGGUAAAUCCUGCUGGGAAGGAUCUAUAUGUUUCUUUGUAUGCCUCAUGGUGCCAUUCUCCAAUGGCAAUUAUAAGUCUUUGCUUAUUAUCUCAGACUUACCAACAUGCUAGCACUGUGAUUCAAUCUCUCGUUGAAGAAGACAUUAAUGUCAAAUUUUUAGUCCAGCUGGAUAAAUUGAUUCAGUUGCUGGAAACUCCAAUAUUUGCUUAUCUUAGAUUGCAGCUUCUUGAACCUGGAAGACAUAUAUGGUUGUUUAAAGCAUUGUAUGGUCUUCUAAUGUUGCUUCCUCAGCAAAGUGCCGCCUUUAAGAUACUGAAAACUCGUUUAAAAGCCGUGCCUUCGUAUUCUUUCAAUGGCGAGCAACUAAAGAGAACACCCUCAGGGAAUCCCUACCAGUUUCUUCAUCAAAUGCCGGGUGGGUCUCAAAUCACCGAGGAUGGCGACAUAACCAUGGAUGGUGGAAACUCACAUAACGGGAUAAAUUUUGCUGCAAGACUACAACAGUUUCAGCAAGUGCAGCACCUGCAUCGUCUACAUUCAAAAGCACAGGUGCAGUCACGCAAGAAUUCGACCUCAUUAUCAAAGAAUAUGGUUGAAGCACAGAAACAAGAGGAACCAAGGAGACCGCAGUUGAGUGAAAUUAAUGUUCCAACUUCAAGAUCAUCAUCAAAGAGAAGCCCCCAAGUGUAGAGGUGGUUCUUGCACAUUCAUAUCUUGAGUCCUUAUUGUGUCAAUGAUCUCUCUCAGUAUAUUUAUAAACUUUGAAUGGGAUCGGCUUAUUGAUUUGUAAAAAAUUGUAAAUCACAUAGUAGCGCGUUUUGUUUCAUUAUUAUACUCUUGUCAUAGAAAUUUCUUGGGUUUUUGGAAUCAAGAUGAAGCUUCGGGCUUUGGCUGAGGUAUUCUUUAGUUUUUGUUGAAAACCAUGAGGGCUAGAGGCCAUAUUUUAUUCAGGAAAAGGUCUCUUUUUGUUGACCUCUUUAUCA